AAAAAAAAAAAACUUCCCGUAGUAGAAUAAUGGCGACUUGGGCCAAGUUAGGCGCUAGUUGGCGGAACGCAGUGAGAGGUUUGUGGCCUCUUAGAAGUGUAUGGUAUAGUCGUGCUGUUGGAGCGGGUUUGCUGGGUUCUGUUGUAACUGGCGGAUUUAUUCACUAUAACAAUGAACCCAGAUGGACCCUUUGGCCACACAUCGUGUACGCGGAGGAGGUAGCGAAGAAAGAGGAGAUCAGAGUACCACAAGAGUCAAUGAGACGACGGCGGUUUAACCAGUUUGCCUCCAUGAUCUAUGAAGAGGAACCAUACAUGACACCCAGAGACUUCCUCCAUUCAAUCUUGAUGGAGAAGGUGGAUUGUAAACUUAAGAAAAAGAUCCUGACCAAAGCAGAUAUGGACGAAAUGAUACGGGUGGCUUCCAGGGCUGAGGCAGGAAAUUUCCUGUUAAGGGGAAUCGGAGACAAAGGGCUGAUCUCUUACACAGAGUACCUGUUUCUCCUCACUAUUCUUACAAAACCUCAAACAGGAUUUCAUAUUGCUUUCAAAAUGCUUGACAUUGAUGGCAAUGAGCAUGUGGACAAGAAGGAAUUUCAGAAGCUGAAGAAAGUUAUUCGACCGAGGAAAGAGCUGCUGAUGGAGGGUGGGACAGAGAUUUCAGACAGUGAUUAUGACGUCAACACUACACUACAGGUUUUCUUUUUUGGAAAAAAUGGCAAGGAAAAACUCCACUAUACAGAUUUUUGCAGUUUUAUGGAAGAUCUGCAGGCGGAGGUUCAAGAAGUUGAGUUCAUGCGGUUUUCUAAAGGGAUGAAGACCAUGAGGCGGGAGGACUUUGCUGAAUGGCUGCUUCACUACACCAAUGAAGAGAACAAUGAGGCAUACUGGGACAACAUGAGGAAGAGGAUCCCCACUGGACAGAGUAUCACCUUUGAUGAAUUUAAAGCAUUCUGUCUCUUUACCAAUAAUCUGGAAGACUUCGCCUUCUCAGUAAAAAUGAUUAAUGAUGCCAACAAGCCAAUAGGAAUGGCUCAGUUUAAGCGAGCGGUGAAGAUAGCGACAGGCCACGACCUUUCAGAGAACGUUUUGGACACCGUUUUUAAGAUCUUUGACCUGGAUGGGGACAACUGUCUGAGUGAUAAAGAGUUCCUCGCUGUGAUGAAAGACAGAGUACUACGUGGACUCAGGGUUCAGCCCCAGCUGGGUAUUUCUGGUUAUUGGAAAUGUGUGAAGAGAGAGACACUGCAAGGAGCUCAAGAAGCACUCCGUGAAACUGGCAGCCCUGUCUGACACAGGAGUGUGUGGCUAGCCAUAUGUGCUAAUAUUUGCAAUUCCAUUUACU